CCAUCCCGUAGGAACAAUACUCCGAACUGACAGUUAUAUCAUAGGUCCCCGAGAACGCCCACCCUAUCGAAGGAAAUUGUUCUUCCUGUCCUAUUCAGGAUGCUCAGCCGAGCUCUUCCUCGACUCCUUUCGUGCUUUCGCACAGUGUCUCUGAUAAACCUCAAAGAUCUAAUUUUGGUUCUUCUUCUUCUGGUCAACAAUAUUAAUAUAUAUUAAGGAUAUAUGAGUGCUACAAUCUCCCAAAUCAUGAGCGCCCUUGAUGUUGGACGAGCCAUCUCAAAAUUCCUGUUUACGCUCCAUCUCUUCACGCGGAAUGACAUUCCGACGACGAUCAUUCCAACGACACUUUUCGCACUGGUGGCAGCCCCCCUGUGCAGCCCCUAUCGAUGUGUUCAUGUGGUCUGGUGGAUUUGGCUUCACCUCCUUCAUUUCAAUGUUGCCAAUCAAGUGAUUGAUCCAACAGAAGAUCGCAGGAACAAAGCCAGCCGACCAAUACCAGCGGGAUACAUCAGUUUACGAGACGCAGUCUAUCUGCGCUGGUUCCUGGUUCCCAUAUGCUUGGUAUCGUCAGCAUUCUACAGCAUCCAAGUGUUUAGCGCAAGCAUAGCGAUAACUCUACUCACUCUUUGGUACAACGAAUUCAAAGCCCAUAGUCAUUGGUUUUCAAAAAACUUGAUGACUGGCGUUGGAUAUGCUUGCUUCCAAGCUGGGGCCACCCUCAUUGCAGGAAAAGAUAUAUCGCAGCUAGAGCCUAAUGCUGUAUUAGCUGUGCUGCUUAGCAUUGCCAUGUUCGCCACCACACUCCAAGCACAAGAUUUCAAAGACCAGGAAGGAGACCGCUCCGUAGGGAGACGAACAUUGCCAAUCGCACAUCCUUCUCCAGCUCGUAUGUCCAUGUUUAUAGGACUUCCGAUGUGGUCGAUCUGUCUUGCUUAUGUCUGGGGGAUGGACGCAUUCUGCAGCGUCGCAUUCGUAUUGUAUUCGGGGCUUGUUGGAUUGCGAUUCAUGGUCUGUAAGACAACUCAGGCAGACCGUCUGUCGUGUCAGCUAUAUACUUUGGUUUUCUGUCGCACAUUUACUUCCUGGUUACUGGCGUUUCUUCCAUGAAACACGCAUGCAUAUAUCAUGGUGUUUAUCGAGCUAGAGGCUUCAUCUGGGGGCUUUUCACUCAGGACUUAUGGACGUCGCAAUUUGUUACAAAAAUCAAACAGUGUUACUUUUGUUGCACAUAUGUACUUCUCCCUCAUACAUAAUUAUUGGCUCGGGUGGCAGUCUAGACCUUCUUCAUAGCGAAAUCGCUGACAAAUGCGUAGGCCAAUAUCCCUCAGCGA